UUUUACGCACCUUAUAGACGUCAUCCACGCGUCACACCACGUAGCAACAGCUGUUCCCAUGUAGUCGCACCGCUAUUAAUGAUAUUCAAGCCGAACACACAUUGUCCUCCGUAAAAUUCGCCGUUCAACGAUACGAAUGGCAGGGGGUUUUCGGCUCGGCGUGGUGGUCCUGUGCUUCCUAACGUGCGGUGCGGCGGCGGGGACCGCUCGCCUCUACACCGAGGAUGACCCGCUGGUCCUCCUGGGCAGCGGCAGCCUGAAGCGGUCCGUGAGCAGCAACUCCUCCUCGGCCUGGCUGGUCCAGUUCUACUCCUCCUGGUGUGGACACUGCAUCCAGUUCUCCUCUACGUGGAAGGCGUUAGCCCACGACGUCCAAGACUGGGACACCAUUAUUCAUAUUGCUGUGGUGGACUGCGCCCAGGAUGACAACUUUGACAUCUGCAAGGAAUAUGGAGUAAGCUUCUACCCUACCUUCAGAUACUUUGGAGCACAUGCAUCCCCUGCUGACUUGGGAAAGACGUAUAGAGGUGCUGAUAGAGGGGUGCAGACAUUGAGAGAGUUGAUGAUCAAUUUCCUCCAGAACCACACCAGGCUUGGGAAGCCCGACCACUGUCCACCGUUGGAACCCUUCAAUCUGGGCGACCUGCUUCCUCUCUUGGGUCAAAAGUCAGCCCACUACACUGCCAUUAUCAUUGAGCAUCCAACUUCGUACGUAGGACGAGAGGUAAUACUGGACCUGUCGAAGUACACUGGGAUUGUAGUGAGAAGAGCUUUGUCUACAGACACCCCCCUAGUGGAUAAACUGAAGAUCACAGCCUUCCCAUCAGCCUACUUGCUACAUCCCAAUGGAACACACACCCACCUGCACUUGUAUAUGCAGCUGCGUUUCUUCUUCACGUCCUUCCUGAGAGGGUUGCAAGGAGUUCAGCGCAGACAGACUGAGGACCACAGCGCCCCCAACCACAUGGGGGCGCUGUCUGAGCAUCACAGCACUGAUCCCUGGAGGGAGUUUGACAGCUCCAAAGUGUACAUGGCUGACUUGGAGUCCGCCCUGCACUACCUGCUGAGAGUUGAGCUGGCUACCCACAAUACUCUGGGAGGGGAGGAGCUCAAGACAUUCAAAAGCGUUGUGACAGUGAUUGCUAAGCUGUAUCCAGGGAGGGCCUCUGUGCAGAAGGUGAUGGAGAACCUACUGGAUUGGCUGGUGAGGUUACCACUGGAGAGCAUCCCAUACCAGGCCAUCCUAGACCUGGUGGACGACAAGAUGAGGAUCUCCAGUCUGUCCCUGGGGGCGGAGGUUCGCUGGGUUGGUUGCCAGGGCAGCAGGCCAGGGCUCCGAGGCUACCCCUGCUCUCUGUGGACAUUGUUCCACAUGCUAACGGUGCAGUACGAUGCUAGCCCAAAGCUGCUGGCCAGUACAGCUCUAGAGGGUGAUCCCGCGGCCGUCCUGAACGCCAUGCGGGGCUACAUCGGGACGUUCUUCGGCUGUGAGCAGUGUGGCCGUCACUUUGAGGAGAUGGCCGCCCAGUCCCUGGACCAGGUCAAGACCACGGAGGAUGCCGUGAUCUGGCUCUGGUCCAAACACAACCAGGUCAACAGCAGACUGGCCGGUUCCCUCAGUGACGACCCGGUGUUCCCCAAAUCGCCCUGGCCCAGCCCCGCCCUCUGCCCCGCCUGCCACCAGGAGAAGGAGGGCGUCCACACGUGGAACGAGGAGCAGGUCCUGGCCUUCCUCAGACAACACUACGGAGCCGGCAACCUCUCUCCUCGCUACCUCCCCGAGCCUCGACGCCACCUGCCCACCCCCCCUCUGGCGCCUCCCCAGGCCCCCCAGGCCCCCCAGAAACCCCAGGGCGCAGUCCAGGCCCUGCAGCAGCAGCAGCAGCAGCAGCAGCAGCAGCAGCAGCCGCCCACCCCCAGGGCGACGGCGGUGGUGCUGAGCGGUGGGGGAGCCCAGGGGGCCCAGGUCCGGCUCCACUCCGGGUCCGGAGGGUGGAUCCUGGGCUUCACCAGCGUUGACAUGAGCCUGUGUCUGGUCCUGUACGUCUGCUCCUGCCUGAUGCUCAUGCUGCUCUUCUUCUUCUUCAAGAUCCGCUCGAGACGCUGGAAGCUCAAGAACGGCCGGCUCCACGUGUAACCCGGACCGGACUUUGGGGUCGGUUGAAACCCAGAUCGGACAUGGUUUUUGGUAUAUAUAUUUCUUGGGACAGGAGGAUGAGGUUUCUUUAGUAAUGCAUCGACGCCCUCCACAGAACUCUCGGGACUGCGUUUGGUUUACUUCACCGCACCACACGCGUCAUCCAAGCAGACGUUGUCACAGAUCUCCGGGGGUCAGUGGACACGACAACAGGGAGAAUCCACAUGGAGACUUUUGAAACACCAUUUAGUUGACGGAGCUUUAUGUGCGUUGGACUGUGGGCCGAGGCGAAGGGUCUCGGUUGUGUUGAACUAAAGUGGAACUUUUUCUUGAGAGGAGAAUAAACUGCCAUCCACUUCACACGCCUUAUUGUUUUUAGAUGAGCCGUAUUCAGUUGGCAGGCUGACCAGGGACCAGCUCACAAUGUGCCAUAGAUUGAUAAAACACAACCGCUAACUGGCUACAAAGUGCAAAGUCUUCUUUCUGUCGGCAUUGCAGCUUUUUGUUAGGUAUCACAGCAGGGUUCAUAUAACUUGAAUCAAAUGAUGAUUGAUCCCAUUAUGUUCCUAAUUCUUAUUCUUACAUUCUGUAUAGGAUCACGUCAAACAGGAUUUGUAAACCUCAAUAUAGCUGUUUUCAAGGGAAGCUAACAGAAAAUAUACAGAAGAUAAAAACACUACAGAAUAGCUCUAUAGAACUGACUGUAUUUUGUAUUGCAUAGAACCAGAUCAGAGCCAUUUAGUUUACAAAAGUCUCAGUUUUUGUAUCGUUUUACAUUUCGGGCAAGUCCAGCAACCGAUCAUGAGAUGAAAUGGUCGUUCUCCUUAGAUCUUCUAUCUAACCAGGACCACAGUCAGUUCUAUAGCUCUUGAACAAGUAUUAUUCAACCUCUGCUUUGCUGACUUUUUAAAUUUACUUUACAGUAAUCCAGCAUGUAGUUGUUUUCAUAGAAACCCUCGGUGAAGCAGGUAUUUGUGCAAAUGGUCUUAUUUUCCAAAAAUAUCUGAGUCAGUCCUUUUGAACAGAGUCAACCUAUUUCAGGAUCGUGUUUUUUUUUGUUUUUGUUAUCAACUUGAAAUGUGUUUGUUUGACGGUUUGAGGUUUGAAGAGCCUCCAUGAUACCUUUCUAUAAAUUAACUGGAGUUUAUUUUUGAGUGUAAGCAUAGAAACCUGCUAAAUAUUAACUAAAGUGCAUUUGUAUGACAACGUCUUAAUGAUCUUAAGUUUUCUUAGUUUUUCCUUCUGUAAUCAGUUGAGUGUAGAUUUGUAAAUGAAUGUUUUGUUAUCUAAAUAAAUGUGUGAACUCA